UAAUAAUAUUUCACUUUAAAAAUUUUAGAAUGAUAUUUUUUAGAAUAAGUGACACAAAAUAAAAAUUUUAUUUUCAGAAUGAGUGAUGCAAUUGGAAGUAUACCUUGGUGGGGAUUCUCACCUGCUGAAAACUUUGUUGAAAUAAUAGAAGAUUCAAUAAAUAAAGAUUCUAAGAACUUUAGAAAUGAGUUAAAUAUUUUAAUCAUUGGUGGUGGCGAUGGUCGACAUAUACUUAAAACAGUAUCUCAUUUUAAAAAUAAAAACCAGCAUUUGAACAUUUAUGUUGCUGAAAAUAAUUUAGAAUUAAUAGCUCGUCAAAUCUUAUUUUUUCAUCUUGCUAUAGAAAAAGUGCAUGGCUUGCAAGAAAAAGUUUUUAUUUAUUUGGACCUAUUUGGCAACACUUUACUUAGAAAGGUCACAGAAGAAUACUUGCAUGAAGCAUCUUUUAAUAUUAUCAAAUUACUAACAAGCUCUUCUCAAAAUAUGUUUUUUGAUUUUUCAUUACUUAAGUUUAAAGAACGAGAUGUUUUAGAGGGAAUCUUUAAAUUUUGGUCCAUAAAAGAAAAUAUUAUAGAUCUGUCAAAAUGUUGGGACUACAGGUUGCGUCAACAUUUAGGAGUGCGCUAUGAUGCACGUGAAAAUGUUUUUGAUUGGGAUUAUAGUAUGUACCUCAAGGAUGUUGCACCAGUAGUUAACUGGCACGAAUACAAAAAGUGGCGUGAAACUGGGUUGGGUUUUGAUUUUUGCAGUGACUCUACUUGCCUGAAUAGUAACAAAACAUUAGUCUCAGGGUUGAUUUUUAAAAAAGAUGGUGAGAGGAUUGGUAAGCAGGGCUACUGGGGUGACAUGAUUGUUAGCCCAUACAUAUCAUUUGGUAUUGAAUGUGAUUCAAAGGAAUUAAUGGCAAAAAAUAACAGCCAGCACAUAAGUAGUUCAACAGAUAUUUCCAAAUACAAUGUCACUUCAUUUUUUCAUGAAUUUCAUAUGAAAUAUGUAAGAAAAGAUGUUGAAGAACAACCAUUUUUUAGUUUUCAACUUCAUUUUUUGUCUUUUGAUGUAUUAACUUCACUUCAUAAAAAGGUUAAAUAUAAAAAAAAAUUUGAUUUGAUUUAUUUUUCUAACCAUGUUACAAACUAUUUAAAUGAGACUGUUUCAGAACUUUUUUCGCCUCAGUGUUUACUAAUGAUAGAAUCAACAAAAUAUUUAAACAUUAAAAAAGAACAACAUACAAUGUUUGGUGAAAAAAUUAAUAUGUUAGCAACUAAUGCCGGUUGUACACCAUUGAAUUCAUGCGAUGAAAACUCUCAUGCAUACUAUAUGUUUCAACAAACUUGAUGUUUUCCUUAAAUAUUUUUAGUAAAAA